AUGCAACAGCAGAGUCGAACGACCGUUGCUGCGGCUGGUCACAAUCUGUUCGCCGGCGCGGCAAGCGGCUUUGCCUCGUCCGUCCUGCUUCAGCCACUCGAUGUCGUCAAGACGCACAUCCAGUUCACAGCUCAGUCCGAUCACAGAAUCGUGACUGCGUUCCGCCAUAUUGUUGCGCGCGACGGGAUGGUCGGCUUGUGGCGUGGGACUGUUCCAACGCUCUACCGCACUGUGCCUGGCGUUGCACUCUACUUUCACUCGCUGAGCAUCGCCAAGCAUGCGCUGAGCAAGGCACCAGACCCAACCACAGGAAAAUUGGUUUUUGCCAAGAUAAGACGAACCUGCUCUGUAGCCAUGCCCAAACGUCAAAACGAGGCGCAGGCCACCGAAUCACGCGCGCCGCGGAAGUGUGUCCAUCUAGAAGACCCCGAACGGAAGCGGAUCAUCGACUUGGCUGUUGAUCGCGCCUUGCCUCUCGUCACGGUCGCCAGCAUGCUCCAUCACCCCAUCAGCACUGUGUCCAACGUAGUGCAACGUUUCAAGGAGCGCGGAGAGUGGACGUCACAUCACGUCAAUCCCAAGGGAUGCCGUGUGCUCACAGCGGAGCAUCUCCAUUUUCUCGAGAUGGAGCUCGACAAGAACGUCAAUGUGACCAAUCAAGAGCUCCAGGACCUCCUCCUGACGACAUUUGGCAUUCAAGUGCAUCAAGCAACCAUCGGGCGUGCCAUGUUACGACAGGGCUUCACGUUCAAGCGCGUGUAUGAGCAGGUCAAGGUGAAAAAUUCGCCUGAAAUCAAAGCCCAACGCAAGAAAUGGGCUGAGCUCUUCGAGGCUUUCCAGACACCUGUGGAUCGCUUGUUCUACGUGGGCGAGAGUGGAUUUAAUGCGAAUCAGCAUCGAACGCGAGGUCGAUCUCGCAAGGGCGCGCGCGCAAUCGUUCAAGUUGGCAGUAUUCGUGCAGCGAAUUUCACGCUCAUUGCAGCGAUCGGAAUGAGCGGCGUUGUGUUGAAUGAGAUCCAGCUCGGAGGCGUGACUGGCCAUGUCUUUGCGGAGGCGAUGACGAAGCUGUUUGACAAGCUCGAGGCAAAAAACGCCGUCGACACCGCCGCGUCUGGCAUCGCUGUGGAUGAGCUCCCAGUGCAGCAGCUUGAGCCCGACCUCCCCCUUACAAACGUGAUUGAGGACAGUGUGUCGAUCAGUAAUGCAGUUCACAUGCCACUGCUGACGUCCGGUGCAGCGUCGUCCCAACCACCUGCCCCUCCCGCUGCAGUUGUGUCGUCUGCUGCGUCUGCAGCUGGCGGGUCAGCUCCUGCUUCCACCUCUGCUUCCUCUGCAUCCACCUCUGCUUCCACCUCUGCUUCGACGACCAGAAAGAAGCGCCGUUCUCGUCGCAGGAUUCUCGACGAUGAUGACAACGAUGAUGGCGGCGUCUACGUUCCACCACACGAAGAACUCAUUCAAGACGAGAUUGAUGAGCACAAUGACAAUACUUCCUAUUUCGUACCGAGCGAAGAGCACCCAGGUGUCAGCUUUCCGGGACAUCAUCGCUACAAAGCCUGGAUCGUGCUCGACAACGCGCGCAUUCACAAGACUCCCGAAGUGCGCGAGCUUUUUGCACGCCGCGG